AUGGCACGCCCAUACCACUCCACCGCCAACUUGUCAGACGUCAAAAACUUCCUCAAAAGGGCAAAGGACAAGACCAGGCAGGCCUUCCAUCGAAGUCAUGAAACCAUCUCUUGCUCAUGCUGUUACGACGACCACCCUCCUAAAGACCUCGUCAGGUUGCCCUGCCAGCACAACUAUUGCAAGCAGUGCUUCCACCAGCUCGUCCUGAACGCAAUCCAGGCAGAAGCCAACUGGCCGCCCAGGUGCUGCGGCGCCGCCCCCAUCGACCACAACACCUGCCUCAAGAACACCCCCCGGGCCCUCACCAGCAUGUACAAGCAGAAGCGGCUCGAGUACUCGGUGCCGAUCGGCCAGAGGUACUACUGCCCGGCGCCGGACUGCGGCCUCUUCGUCCCCGCGGACAAGGACAACACGCCGUUCCGCCGGGCGCGGUGCAAGGCGAAGCACGCCACCUGCAUGGACUGCGGGCAGGCGGCGCACGCGGACGCGGUGCAGUGCCCCAGGAACAAGGACAUGGAGCUCGUGCAGGGGAUCGCGCGCCUGGAGGGCUGGCGGCGGUGCUACCGCUGCCUCACCAUGAUCGAGCACACCAAGGCCUGCCGCCACUGGACCUGCGGAUGCACCGAGGGCCAGCUCAAGGCUAUCAAGAAGCGGGCGAAGCGCACUGAGGAGGAGAGGCGGUGGGAAGAGGAGAGGAAAGCAUUCUGGGAGGCACAUGCAUUCCGCGGCUUACAGUAG